AUGGGCGGUGUCAAGGUCACCGCCGGUGUCAAGGUCACCGCCAGGCUCCAGGGCCAGGGCAGCGAGGAGCAGAACGACAGUGACACUGGUCCAGUACCGGAUGGCCGGGUGUACGCCCUGGGGGGUAUGGGUACGGACACGGCCCCCCAGGCCCUGGUGAGGGUCUACGAGGCGGAGAAGGACCAGUGGCUGCCCCUGACCUCCAUGCCCACCCCCCGCUACGGAGCCACCCCCUUCCUCCGCGGGAACAAGAUCUACGUCCUCGGCGGGCGUCAGGGCAAGCUGCCGGUGACGGCCCUGGAGGCCCUGGACCUGGAGACCCGGAGCUGGACGCGCUACGAUUGCAUCCCCAGCCGGAGGGCCUUCUCCUGCUGCGCCUCCACCGAGCGCAGCCUGUUCAGCCUCGGGGGCCUGCAGCAGCCCGGGCCCCACAACUUCUACUCCCGGCCCCACUUCGUGAGCACCGUCGAGGAGUACGACCUGGACCAGGGUGUGUGGCUGAAGCCCACCAGGGGGUCCAGGAUGCGGGAGAAGAGGGCUGACUUUGUGGCCGGUUGUCUGGGAGGACGACUCAUCGUGGCUGGGGGCCUGGGGAACGAGCCCUCUCCGCUGGGCUCGGUGGAGAGCUACACCCCCGGGAAGCGGCGCUGGGAGUACCUGCCGCCCAUGCCCACGGCGCGCUGCUCCUCCGCCUCCGUGCAGACUCCCAGCAUGCUCCUGGUCAUCGGGGGCGUGGCCCAGGGCCCCAGCGACGCCGUGGAGGCCCUCUGCCUCCAGGAGAACGUUUGACCACGCCCACCGCGCCCGCCGGAGAGCGGGAACCCUACAGGAUGCACCACGGUGGCUGCUGGUUGGCUCGUUGAGACGGUGGACGCAAGGCAUUGUGGGAAACUUUCACCUUCUCUUUCGGAGCCUGGUCUACAGCUCUGUACUGUCCGCGUGCUGAUUGGCUCGUCGGGACGCUGGACGCAAGGCAUUGUGGGAAAACUUUCACCGUCUCUUUCCGAGCCUGGUCCACAGGUCUGUACUGUCCGCGUGCUGAUUGGCUCGUCGGGACGGUGGACGCAAAGCAUUGUGGGAAACUUUCACCUUCUC